AUGAACAAGGAGCGCGCCGCGCAGCACGAGGAACGCAUGCUGAGGCAGCGCCGAGAUAUUCUGCGGGAGAAGGCUAUUGAUGAUGCCAUGGAGGCCGACCGCAUUGCGGCCGAAAUAGCUGAUCAAGAAAAAGGUGGCAGCAAGAAAAAUGUAACAGCUAGACAGAAGGCCGGCCUCGAGAAGCAGAUGAAGGAACGCGAGUACCUCAAGGUCGAGGCCGCGGAGCAGGCCAAGGAGGACAAGGCCAUGGUCGAGGCGAUCGUUGCCAAAAUUGAGGCGGAAGAUCGGGCCGAGUACGAAGCCAGGGAGAAGCACAAGGCCGAGACUCGCGUGUUGAUCAAGCAGUACGCGGAACAACGUAAAAGGGAUGUUAUUGAGGCUAGACAACAAGCCGCCGAGGAGGAGGCGGAGAUCAUCGCCUACUCCCGAGCGUUGGCUGCCAGAGAAGAGCAGCUCGAGCAGAUGAAGAAGGAGAAGGCCCUCGCGGCGAAGAAGGCCUUUGAUAAGAUCGUCCAGCAGACGGAGCUCGUGCGAUCGGCUGAUGACGAGAUCGCUCGCUUGCGAGACUUACUGUGGGAGGAGGAGCUGCUCAAGAAGUCUCGCAUUCUCGAGGAGGAGCGCGAAGCGAAGAGACUAGCGAACAUCGCGGAGAUGAAGCGCCAGAAUGAUAUUGUGUUGGCGAACAAGAAGAAGCAGCAGGCCGUCGAACAGGCCGAGGAGGAGCGCCUGGUGCAGGUCAUGAUCGACAAAUUUAAGAGAGAUGACGAAGAGGAAAGGCUCAAACAACAGGCUAUUAGGGACGCGAAGGACCGCUACAAGGGCAUGAUUUCUGACGAUGCCGAUGCCAAACAUGAGAGAUAUUUGAAACACCUCGCGGAUGAGGAGAAUCUCAAGCAGGACGACGACUCGGGCGAGCAGUACCGGUUGCAGGUGGUUCGUGAAGCUAGACGUCGCUUAUUGGCGGAGCACGCCGACGCGUUACGGGGCUUCAUGCCCAAGGGCGCCGUUUCUGCGGAAGAGAGAGAUGAGUUCGCCCUCUGAGCGUAAGGAGCGUUUUUACUAGAGUCGCGUCGAUGGCGUCGGGGGGCGUUGGACAUCGUCGACUCUAGUGAUCGACGCGAACGCGGCUGACGGACGCCGCGAGGCCUCGCCGUGCCCCUACGAGCAAAGUUGUACGGGGGGCGUACGUACGGCCGGAUAGCCCUCGUGUACGCGUGCGACGCCGAUUUGUUCGUGCUAGUGUCUUACGGACACUAUGAUUAUGCCCAGGUCAAUAAAUUUCAGCGCACACAAUUGACCCGAUACGCACGAGUGCAUUCAGGACUGGCACGCUUGCGCAGCUGCAUAAAAAUAUACAUUGAACGAUAUUCUUGAGCGAUAAGCUGCGACCGACGGGCAAAGUUUGGAGUGGCAGGGUCAACGUCUGCGCUGCAAUGCGGCAAUUUUUGUGCAUCUGCGCAUAUGCGGCCGCAGCCGCUGAAACGCAUGUCGUCCUGCACGCCCCCGACGCGAAACGCGCGCAACCGUCGCUCGCCGCGCUAAAAGAGCACGCCGUCACCGUCGUCCACCGCGGCGGCGACGUCGGCGCGGCGGCGCGAGCAGCCGCAACGACCGCGGACACGAUCAUUUUGUACGACGCCCGCCACGCGCCGCUGCAGCACACCCUUGAUUGGAAUACAACAAUCAAAACCGCGAAGGCGUGCGCGGCAUUAUUACCGGACGACGUAGAACGAGUCGGCACGGCUCGGAAAGCGAACGGUAUUGUACUGUCAAACCGGGAAGCGAGGAGAGCUUCCGGAGAGACUAUCAAUGAAAUACUAACAAACGUCAAGUGUCGCGUCGCGCCGAUGCCCGUUGACGAAGACAAGGAACUGCCCUACAGGAAGCCCGAACCCCGCAGCCAACAAAGGCGAUUACACGAGCAUGGGAGCGGCGACUGGUUCGACGACUACUACGAGGACCCCCUGAAAGAUGUACAAGAUACGCCCGGUCGUUCACUAGCACUACUGCUAGGUUAUGAUGUUACGACAAAAAUCGACCCGUUUUCAUCGAGACCGAUAUCAAGAGAUGAAGCAUUCUGCCUAUUAGCACAUGCGCCGCGCAUCGCGUUCCUCGGGGACUCGCUCACGCGAUUUCAUUUCUUUACCUUAAACGAGUGGCUCUCCACCGGAAAACUGCAAACGCACCUCUACUCGAAGUGGGGCAACGGUGAUGGUUCAAUCCACUACGACACAAGUGAUAGAUGGACGCAUACCUCGUCUAGUAAACAUGCCCAGCACUUUAAGAAGACGAUACCACUUACCAGUAGAGCCCAAGCCAUGUGUGGCGACGACCUCGGUGUGACAGAAAUAGAAACAGAAUACUGGUUCCUGGCGGACUGGCACCACGUUGAAAUCGAUGCGAUACCAUUAUUCGAAGAUACUAUUGCACCGUGGGCGUCGAUGGUGAUCGUAAAUUCAGGCUGGUGGGAGCUCAAACGAUGUAGCUGCGACCAUGCCUAUGGUCGUGAUGAUACCUGUCGGAAAGAGUAUAGAGGAGUAUUAGAGCAGUAUGCUACUUCGUUACUAGAUAAGGUACCAUAUCCAUAUAUAAGACUAUCUUCAUGUUGUGGCGAAUAUACGGAGCAGCACUGCGACGGCGACCCCGUCUAUGAGGAUAGAUCGAUGUGGCCUGACGGUUUAAUGGAUAUAUAUAAGCAUGAGAGCAACAAGGGGGUCCUAGCUUUCAACGAGGUGCUGUUGGAUUUUGCCAUUGAGAAAAAGUAUAGGCAUUUUGAUCCACACCCCUUCGCUAACUUACAGAACAUCUACGACCGUACUAUUGAUGGUUCUCAUCCAGUCCAACCUCUCUAUCAUCUGUGGAACCAGUAUUUGUUAAGUAGUAUCAAGGGAGAUGGGAGGAUCUUUCCCGUGGUUGAUGGCGUACGUACUUCGGACGCGUACAAGGUGCUCUCGGAGGUGCUGCCGGCGUCGUGUGCCGAUGGGAUGCUAUCAAAAAACGAGAGCGACGUCGACUGCGGCGGCGUCUGCCCGGCUUGUAGCGCCGGCCAGCGGUGUUAUCUUGAUUCUGAUUGUGUGAGCAGCUGCUCUUAUGAAUCAGAGAAGUGUGAAGAUGCGCCGAGCGCGCGCGAGAGCGGCCUGUGCACCUGCGACGCCGUGCCCACGCGCGCGCCCGUGACUCAUAACGACGACGACGCCGAAGAUGAGAAACCGGCUUGGAUCGAAGACGAUGACAUAGUCGGGUAUGGCACGUCCUCGGCGACCUCGGAUAUCCUGGGCGACAAGGCCAUCCGGGAGGGCGGUCCCGGUUCGUGUGCCGUCCCAGAAGAUGAUGAAGAUGCGUCCUGGCGCCAGGCCUGGAAAAGGACGCGGAAAGGCCUGAAGAAGAUGUCCAAAAAAGGCGCGUGCGCCUUGGGUCCGGGCCCGCGCGUUUUAUUGUUCCUGCUCUUUGGGAUUCUUGGUGCGGCCGUACGGGCGUCGUUUACGCGACGACGCCCGACUUCACCACGACGGUCCUCCAUCGAGCUCACGCCCAUGAGCAACAGACCGGCGUCACCGACAAACCGCAUAGCAGUAGAGGAAGGCUCGCCCCUACUCAACGCCCUGGAACUAGCUAUGUGGUUAUUCAUAGCGGCUUACUGCGAUCAAUUAGCACCAACUGGGCUACUACCGGCCGGUACCCUAUACUUAUCGGAGAACCCCGACCUGUGGGUCGGCGCCAUGGCCUUACUCUUACUCAUAUCCUAUUCACCUAGACUCACAAGAACAACAGACAACACCUUCUUCUCCCGCCACCAGUGCAACGAGUGGAAGGGCUGGAUGCAAAUUGCAUUUGUCGCUUACCACUACGCGAACGCGCAGGAUUUCUACGUUUCUAUCAGGUGGUUCGUGUCGGCUUACGUGUGGCUGACGGGGUUUGGGAAUGCGACUUAUUUCCUCAACAAAGACGACUUUUCUUUGUCAAGAUUCCUCAAAAUGAUCUGGCGCAUCAACUUUUUCGUCGUGUUCCUGUCGCUGGCCACGGGUACGAAGUGGAUCGCGUACUACGUCGUGGCCUUACAUACCGUUCAUUUUGUGUUAUGCUUUGUUAGUUUUGGGUUUUCGAAACUCAUGCUGCGAAAUGAGGAACCUGGUUCUAUACUGAGAAUAGUCUUCGCAUUAGUAUACUACCUGAUAGUAGUCACAGUAGUGUGGGAGUUCGGGCUGUACCACGUCACGAUCAAACCCGUACUGUUAUACUUAUUGGGAGAGGGCUUCGAGGAGUACUUCUGGUUUAGGACAAGGAUGGACUACCUGUCGUCGUGGUUCGGGGCUCUAGCUGCCGUGUUGAUGCCGCUCACGGUGAAGGGCUGGCAAUCUACUUACAAAGGGUUGAUCCUAUGUAUCAGUUUUAUCCUAUUUGGGUUAGGUGUAUGGGCCUGGGCGUCGCACCCUACCUCCAUAAAAUAUAGAGAGAUCGCGCCCUACGUCGGCACGCUCUGGGUGCCCUUGUAUGCCGUUCUGCGGAAUGCUACUCCUUAUCUUAGAAGCAGAGUCUCCGUACCUUUAGAAUGGUUGGGAGCAAGAUCGUUGGAGCUUUAUUUGCUCCAGUUCCACCUACUGAUGAACCGGAGCGCCGGCCGCGUCUUAUGGUUGAUACCAAAUGUCAACUGGCCCGUCUCGAAUUUAAUUCUAUGUGCGUGUCUGUGGAUGCUUGCGGCCUCGAGAUGCUUCGCGAACACCGCCUCGCUCCGAGACGCCGCGGAGGCGCGGCCGCGGCCCGUCUCUGUGGUGAUGGCGUUGCUGUGCAUGACGUAUGUCGCUGCGCGUUUGUUUGAUGCGCCGUGCGUUGGCGACGGGCUCACGAUGUCGUUCUUCGCCCUGGGCGGGUCGACGCUCGGCGGCUACGUCCUCGCGGACUGCGCGCGGCGCUGCGCUUCUGAAGAUGUGAGCAUCCGCUACAGCGUGUCGGCGACGGAGGAUACGGAUGAGUGUCCUUCUCCUCCUGGUUCGCCG